AUGUCACUUUUAUUAAAGUCUUUUCGUAUCAAUAAUAAUCAAAUUAUAUCAUUUUCUUCUUCCACUAAUAGAUUUGAAUCAAUAAAAUUUAAUAGGUCAAUGAAAAGAAACGCAAGUUCUUGGACAACAUGUAAUAAAAAGCAUUUAAUUCCUACUUCUGGAACAUAUCCCAAAGGAUUUAAAGCAACAGGUUUACAUUGUGGCAUUAAAAAAAAUGCUGCUCCUGUUCUAUUAUCAAGAGAAAUCAUUGAUAAGAAAUCAGGUGAAAACAUUCAUUCAUUGGUGGUUAAUUCUGGUUGUGCUAAUGCU